UUUAGUUUCUUCACUCUUUGGGAUAUUUGAUCUUAUUAUUACGGAGUGAUAAUAGUAAUUCAAUUCUUUCUUGUACGUUCUACUUGAGAGGAAAUUAAAGGAGAGUUGAGCAUGGGGUUUUCUGAUCGUUUUGUUGGUGGGUUUGUUUUGGUGGUUUUGUGUGUUAAUGUGUUUGCAGCUUGUGCUGAUAAUGGUGGUGAUGAGAAGUUUCUUCAUCGAGGGAUCCCUUUUAAGAAAAGGUUUUAUGGGAAGGGGAUUGUGCCCGGGAAUGGAGGUCUUGGUGGCGGUUUUGGGGGCGGUGCGGGUGGAGGUAUAGGAGGAGAUGGUGGCGGUGGGUUAGGUGGAGGCAGUGGUUUUGGUGGCGGUGGCGGUUUAGGCGGCGGUGCUGGUGGUGGAGGCGGUUUAGGCGGUGGUGCUGGUGGCGGUUUAGGAGGUGGAGCCGGUGGUGGCGGCGGUUUAGGGGGCGGUGGCGGUUUGGGAGGUGGAGGCGGUGCUGGUGGUGGUGGCGGUUUAGGAGGUGGAGGAGGACUUGGUGGCGGCGGCGGACUAGGUGGUGGAGCGGGUGCUGGUGGAGGGUUUGGUAAAGGAGGAGGCAUUGGGGGUGGUGUUGGUGGCGGAGCGGGAGGAGGCGGCGGUGGUGGACUAGGCGGUGGAGGUGGUGCUGGUGGCGGCGCUGGCGCUGGCGGAGGAUUCGGUAAAGGGGGAGGCAUUGGGGGUGGAGUUGGCGGGGGAGCAGGUGGUGGUGCCGGCGGUGGAGGUGGAGUUGGAGGAGGUGCCGGUGGAGUUGGAGGAGGUGCUGGUGGUGGUGCCGGAGGUGGAGUAGGAGGAGGUGCCGGUGCCGGUGGAGGCGUUGGUGGUGGUGCCGGAGGCGGUGCCGGUGGAGGCGUUGGUGGUGGUGCCGGUGGAGGCGGAGGCUUUGGUGGUGGAGCAGGAGGCGGUGCCGGAGGUGGAGUAGGAGGAGGUGCCGGUGGAGGGGGAGGCUUUGGUGGUGGGGCAGGAGGCGGUGCCGGAGGUGGAGGCUUUGGUGGUGGAGCAGGAGGCGGUGCCGGUGGAGGCGUUGGGGGUGGAGUUGGUGGAGGAGCCGGAGGAGGCUUCGGUAAAGCAGGAGAUGGUGAUGGUGGACUAGGAGGCGGAGCCGGGGGAGGUGCCGGCGGAGGCUUCGGCGGCGGAGCAGGCGGUGGUGGUGGAGCCGGCGGUGGCGGUGGAUUCGGUGGCGGUGCCGGCGGGGGCGCUGGUGGUGGCUUCGGAGGAGGCGCAGGCGGUGGCUUCGGUGGAGGAGCCGGCGGAGGUGGCGGUUUUGGCGGCGGCGGUGGCGGAGGCUUCGGAGGUGGUGGAGGCUUCGGUGGCGGCGCAGGAGCCGGAGGCGGCUUUGGCGGUGGCGAUGCCCAUUGAUCGAUCAAUUCUUCAUGCAUGCCAUGCAACGCAGCAGCUUCAACUUGAUCUUUACGUUCCCAUAUCUAUAUGUAAAAAAAUUGGUACUUAAAAUAAAAAAAAAUAUAGUACCAGUUUUUAUUUUGUAUAAUUACAUAUUAAAGCUGCUCUGCAUAUAUAAUAUAAUAUAACGCUCAAUCAUCUCUAUAUAUUCAUCCUUAGCUUCCAUGCAAUUAUAUAAUAAAAUUAGCUUUCAAAAA